UCUCCGGGUCUGGACUCCAUACCUCAGCAGCGCCGACGGACGUUCCUGAGCGGAGCAAGGACAAGAUGGAGGACGAUGAGGAUGGAGCCGGGCGAGUGCGGGAGCUGCAGGAGCAGAGGAUGGCCGUCCAGAAGAAGACCUUCACCAAGUGGAUCAACAGCGUUUUCCAGAAAAACCGGGAGAGCCUGACGGUGAAGGAUGUGUACUCGGAGCUCAAGUCCGGUCUGGUUCUGAUCCGCUUGCUGGAGCUCAUUUCUGGGGAAAAACUACCCCCCCAGAGCCGAGGCCGACUGAGGGUCCACUACCUGGAGAACAACAGCAAAGCCAUCAACUUCCUCAAGAGCAAAGAGAUCCCAGUGGACCUGAUCGGCCCGGAGAACAUCGUGGACGGAGACCGGACUCUGAUUCUUGGUCUCCUGUGGAUCAUCAUCCUCAGGUUCCAGAUCGGACCCAUCCAGCUGGACGAGGCCGCCGGCGGGAGCAGUUCGGCUCGACGCUCCGCCAAAGAGGCGCUGCUGAUCUGGUGUCAGAGGAAAACCGCCGGCUACCGUGGCGUGGACGUGCAGGACUUCUCCCGCAGCUGGAGAGACGGACUCGCCUUCAACGCGCUGAUCCACGCCCACAGGCCCGACCUGUUCGAUUACCGCCGUUUCCAUGGCGACGAGCCGCGCCGUCACCUGGAGCACGCCUUCUCCCUGGCGGAGCGCGAGUUUGGGAUCAUGCAGCUGCUGGAGGUGGACGACAUGUUGGUCCCUCAGCCAGAGGAGAAGUCCAUCAUGACCUACGUGUCGCUCUACUACCACUACUUCUCCAGGAUGAGGCAGGAGCAGACGCUGCAGAAGCGUCUGGCCAAGAUCGUUGGGAUGCUGAUGGACCUGGACGCCAUGAAAGUCCAGUACGAGCGGAUGGUCUCAGACCUGCUUCACUGGAUCAGAACCAAGGUGGUCCAGCUCGAUGAUCGGCGCUUUCCCAACUCUGUGAAGGAGAUGCAGGUGCUCAUGGGAGCCUUCAAGACCUACAGGACCGUGGAGAAACCACCCAAGUACCAGGAGCGCGGGGCCAUUGAAGCUCACCUCUUCUCCCUGAGGACUCAGCUGGCUGUUAACAACCAGUGGGCCUACAACCCGCCCGAGGGUCAAACCCUGAGUGACUUGGAGAAGAGCUGGCUGUCGCUGGAGCGAGCCGAGCACGAGCGUGAGCGCGCCCUGCAGGAGGCGCUGUUGCGCCUGGAGGGCCUGGAGCAGCUGGCCCAGAAGUUUGCCAGGAAGGCCACGCUGAGGGAGGGCUUCCUGGACGACACGCUGCGCCUGCUCCGCAGGCAGGACUUCAGAGGACUGUCCACGCUGGAGGAGGCUCAUGCCGCCGCACGCCGCCUGGAGGCGCUGGCCACCGACGCGGCGGCUCGAGAGCCACGCUUCGCUGCCCUCACAGUCAUGGCACAGGACAUCAAGAGAGGAAACUACCACAGUCAGGAGCAGAUCCUGAAGAGGCAGCAGAACAUCAGCCAGCGGUGGAGAGGUCUGCUGCAGCAGCUGCAGGAGCAGAAGGGGCUGCUGGGAAGCCUGCUGGAGACGCUCAGCAUCCUGCGAGACGUGGAGCUGCUCUCGCAGGAGCUGAAGGAACUACAGGCUCAGGCUGAGAGCGCUGACCUCGGGAAGCAGCUGGCAGACGUGGAGUCUCAUCUGCAGGCGCAGGACCUUCUGGAGGCUCAGAUCUCUGCUCACGGAGAAACCAUCACCUCCAUCAGCAGCAAAGCGCUGAAGAGGAGAGCAAGCGACGGGCAGCAGGUGGAUAGCAGAGUCAGAGCUCUGCAAACACAGUACAAGUCUCUGAGCUCCGUCAGCAGCAGCAGGAGGAGACAGCUGGAGUCUCAGCUGAGGUUCUUCGAGUUCUUCCACGACUGUGAGGAGCUGGAGUCGUGGCUGCACGAGCGCUGGCUGCGGCUCCACUCGGUGGGGCUCAGCCGAGACCUCAACCAGAUCUUGCAGGCUCAUCUCAAACACAAGGUUCUGGAGGCGGAGCUUCAAGCCCAAGAAACUCAGUACCGGGGCCUUGUGGGUCGGGGUCAGGACCUGCUCUCCAAACAGAGUCCAGAGAAGCAACCAUCUGUUCAGAAGUGGCUCAGAACCCUGAAGAAGCAGUGGAGUCACCUGAGAGAAGAGGCGGCUGAACGUGGCCAGAGGCUGCAGGCGGCUGCCGCCAUCAAGCAGUACUUUGCCGACGCUGCCGAGGCCCAGUCCUGGCUGGCGGACAAGAAGCCUCUGCUGGCCAGUGGGGACCUGGGCCAGGACGAGUCCAGCACAUCUGCUCUGCUGCAGCGCCACCAGUGGCUGGAAAAGGAGAUGAGGGCUUACGCCUGUGAAAUCCAGCGUCUGUCCGAGCAGGCGGCCGCUUCGCUUCCCCUGACGGCUCUGACGGCCCAGACUCCCCAGGUCAAGGUCUUCCCUUCCAACCAGUCUUCGGACGAAGACGAGGGUGCAGGAGUGACGACCUCAUCAAGCGCCCCGGGGGAGGAGGCCACGGCCAAGGUCCGCUUCAGAUUCAGUCGAGGUCAGUUCCCGUGGGACCGCAACGAGACGGUGACCAUCGUCAGCGCCGACCCAAAUGAAGAGCGAGUUGUGGCGCGCGACAGUCGAGGAAACCAGCAGUUCAUCCCCAAGACCUUCCUGACGGUGCUCCCAGCAGCGGCGCCGCCUGCCUCGGCCAAUGGCGUGUCAGAGGGUGCGAGCCGGAAGACAGGGCGCACAAGACGAAGACGCUCGUCGCGACGCAGAACAACUGAGAUCCAGCCCACAUGGUUGCCAGACCCCGAGUACCAACGAGAGACCCUGGAGGGCACACAAGCCCGUCUGGAGGAGGACUACCGCUCCUUAUGCCACAUGGUCCAGGCGAAGACCAGGAGCCUGCAGGAGGCGCUGCUCUUACACCGCUUCUACAACAGCUGCCAGGAGUUUGAGUCUUGGAUGGAGGACAAGGAGAACGUGCUGAAAACCUUUCAUACUGACAGCCACCACCUGGGGGUGCUGCAGGCCAAAUACCAGAACUUUCUGACGGAUUUGGUGAGUGGGCGGGACCGACUCGAUGACAUCAUCAAAACAGGGGAGGAGCUUGUCAAGAUGCGACACCGAGAACACCAGGAGAUCCAGAACAGCCAGAGGAGAGUCAGCAGGAGGUGGGACCUGAUCCAGGAGCUGAAGGACCAGAAAGGCCGGGAGCUGCUGAGCACGGCGGACAUGCAGUCCUUCCUGCUCAGCUGCGAGGAGACACGCCUGCAGCUGCAGUCCCAGAUGGUGGCAUCAGAGAGCGGCUCCUCCUCACUCCAGGCCCGGGAGGAGACCCACGCACAGAACCUCAGGGACCUUCAGACUUUGGAGGCCAGGAUCUCCUACCUGAAGAGCGUCGCUAAGAUGAAGCAGGACUGCAGUCCCGAGGAGAGCGCCACCAUCCUGCAGGAGGUGGAGCGACUGGAGCUUCUCCUGGAGCAGGUGAAGGGCGAGGCAGCAGAGAAGCAGCGCCACCUGGAGGAGGCCCGCAGGCUACACAGCUUCCAGCAGCAGGUGAAGGAGCAGGAGUGCUGGCUGGCCUCCAUGAGAGAGCGCCUUCUACAGGAGGAGGCAGGAGCUGACCUGGCAGCUACUGCAGCUCUGCUGGAGCAACACAAGGAGAUGUGGCUGGAGAUGGAGGAGCAGAGGGAGAGGUUAGAGGAGAUGGAGAAGACAGGGAGGAGCCUGAAGGCGGGGGAUGGCCAGGUGCCGAGCUCUCUGGACCAGCUGAGGGCCGACUGGUCCAGAAUGGAGCGUCUGUGGACCAGAAAGAAGCGGCACCUGGAGGAGGCUGCGGAGCUUCAGCGGCUCAACCGGGAGGCCGAGCGACUGGAGGCCGCACUCACUGGUCAUGAGGCCCGGCUGCAGGCGCAGGACCUUGGGGACUCGGUGGACAGCGUCCACAGUCUGCUGGGUCGCCAGGAGCAGCUGGAGGUUCAGCUGAAGGUCUUGGACCAACGAGUGGAUCGCUUUGUUGAACGGAGCCACAACCUGGUUCUCCAGAAGCACCCGCAGGCCAAACUCAUCCGAGCGCGAAGGCAGAACAUCCAGAGCAUCAACAGGAGGCUGAAGGAGAAGUGCAGAGAGAGGAGGAGCCUGCUGCUGGAGUCCAGGAAGUACCAGGAGUUCAUGCGGGACUGCGAUGAGUUGACCCUCUGGAUGGAGGAGAAGGCGGCAGCAGCUGAGGACCAGUCUCACCGAGACACCUCCAACAUCCUGCGGAGGCUGAAGAGACAUGAGGCUGCAGAGAAGGAGAUGCUGGCUAACCAGGUCCGGCUGGACAGUCUGCUCCAGUGUGGGCAGAAGAUGGUUGCUGAGGGGCACUUUGGCAGCCGGACCAUCAGCAGGACGUCUUCUGAGCUCAGCUGGAGUUGGAAGAGACUGCAAGAGAAGAUGGCGGCGCGAGGAGACCAGCUGAGGCAGGCUGGUCAGCAGGAGCAGCUGAUGGAGCUGCUGCAGGACGCCAAAGUGAAGAUCGAAUCCAUCCAGUGGAUGUUGAGGAACGCUCCCAGGGGUCGCGACCUGCGCGCCAGUCGCCAGCUGCUGAAGGAGCACCGGCAGCUGGAGCAGGAGGCGCAGGAGCUGGCGGAGAAGAUCAACUCCAUCGUCAGCAGAGCCAAGCAUCUGGCCUCCACACACUCCGAUUCACAGCGCAUCCACCAGGAGACAGACAUCUACCUGAGCUUGUUCAAGUCCCUUGAGGAGCCUCUGGAGGCUCGAAGAGCACAGCUGGAGGCAUCUGUGCGUCUCUUCAGCUUUCAUCAUGACGUGGACCUGGAGCAGAGCUGGAUCUCAGAACAUCUCCCGGUGGAGGGGUCGACGGGCCACGACAAGACGCUGGCGGGAGCCACCAGCCUGAUGAAGAAGCACAAGGAGCUGCUGGCUGAAGUCCACACUCACGCCAAACACCUGAACGGCGUCAUUAAAAAGGGGCGGAGCCUGGCUCAAGACCAGCCACCAGACCAAGAGGAGAUCCUGGCGCGUUGCAGCCACUUGAGCACCAAGUGGGAGGAGCUAGAGGUGGCGUGCAGCCGUAGGACUGCUCACCUGAGCAAGGCGGUGAGCAGAGAGCAGCUGCUCCUGGACUGCUCUGAACUGGAGACCCGGCUCACCGAAGCUCUGGCUCUGAUGAAGUCCGACGACCUUGGCAAGGACCUGGCGGCCACUCAGAGACUGCUCACCAAGCACCAGGUCAUGGAGGCUCAGGUGGAGGUUCUGCAGGCUGAGCUGGUCCAGCUGGAGGAGCAGGUGCUGCAGGCCAUCCACCGGUGGAAACUGGAGGAACUCAGCAGAACCUUCAACAGGCUGCAAGACCAGAACCAGCAGUUAAUCCAUCGAGGAGGCCUCAGGGCUCAGAGGUUACAAGAGGCUCUGGUCCUGCACGAGUUCAGACGGGACGCCUCAGAGUUCACUGAGUGGAUGAAUGAGCAGAGACAGAUCGCCGAGUCAGCAGAUCUAGGAGGGGACUAUCAGCACCUGCAGAUCCUUCUGGGAAAGUUCUCCGGCUUCUUGAAGCAGCUGGGGGGCGGGGAGGAGCGACUGAGCAUGUGCAGAGAGUUGGGCUCUCGACUGAUCCAGGCCAAGCACCCGCAGAGCUCCUCUGUCCGCGAGACACUGCAGAACCUCAGUGCAUGCUGGGAGGAGCUGAAGGCGGCGGCCAGGGUGCGUGAGGACGGGCUGCAGCGGGCGGAGGAGGGCCAGCGCUCGCUCUGCCAGCUGACUGAAGCUCUGACGCUCAUCCAGGAGCGGCUCAAGAGCAUCCCGGACGACGUGGCCAGGGACUCGCGAGGAGCCGCCUCACAGCUGAAGAAGCACGAGGCGCUGCUGUACCAGCUGGCGGCCACAGAGCAGCAGCUCCAGGCUCAGCUGGACGGCGUGGACUCGCUGUUGGAUCGCUGCUCCCCCGAGCUCAGGACCCGCCUCCAGGAACUGCAGCAGCAAGUGGUCGACCGCUGGGAGGAGCUGAGACUGGUGGCUGAGCAGAGAGAGGCGGAGCUUAAACUCACCUGCCAAAGAUACGCCUUCUUCAACGCGGCGCAGGACUUCCUGCUGUGGUGCAGCCAGCUGAGUGGCUCCAUGACGGUGAGGGAGAGCAUCGCGGACGUGGCCACGUCGGACCUCCAGCUGGGCCAGCACCAGCAGCUGUGGGCAGAGAUGGAGGCCCGGGCCCAGACCUACCAGCAGCUGCUGGACAUGGCUGAGCAGCUGCAGGGCCUGGACUCUCACCACCACAGAGAGGUCUCCCAGAAGCUGCGCGUCCUCCAGAGUCAUCGCCACGCUCUGGUCGAGGAGUGGAACCGGAAGCAAGAGUGGCUGGAGUCCGUCCACCUGCAGCAGGUGUUCUACAGAGAUGCGCGGAGUCUGGAGAAGACCAGCUCAUCCCAAGAGAUCCUGAUGCAGAACGGCAUUCUGGGAAACACGGUGGACGAGACGGAGGGUUUGAUCAAAAAGCACGAGGCUUUUGAGAAGCUUCUAAUCUCCCAGGAGGACAAGCUGUGGUCUCUGAGGGAGCUGGCUGCGCAGCUGAGGUCGCGGCUGAGCCACGACCAGGCACAGCAGGUGGAGCAGGAAGUGCAGAGGCUCGGGCGCCGACGCAACCACGUCCGAGGGCUCUCCAGCGGCCGCAGGGAGCAGCUGGAGCUCUCGCUGAUGCUCUGCCUCUUCAGCAGGGACCUGCGUGAGGCAGAGGAGUGGGUGAGCGAGCGCAUGCAGAAGAUGUCUGAGGACGGGGAGGUGGACCUCAGCAGUCUGCAGAGCAAGAUGAGGCUGCUGCAGAAGCACCAGGUGUUCGAGGCCGAGAUCCUGGCCCACCGGCCCAUCAUCCACGCCGUGCUGCAGGCAGCAGAGCAGCUGGAGUCUCUCCACCACCCCGAGGCCUCCGAGGCCACUCGCAGCGCCGGGGCCCUGAAGCUCCACUGGCAGGAGCUGAAGAGGGGCGUGGCCGCGCGAGGCAAGGUCCUGGAGGACAGCAGGGACUUCCUGGAGUUCCUGCAGAAGGUUGAGGAGGUGGAGACCUGGAUCCGACUCAAGGAGGUGAUGGUGAGCGUGGGGGACCUGGGCAAGGACCUGGAGCACGGGCUGCAGCUGCUGAGGAGGCUGGCUGAGUCGGCAGGCAGGGAAGUGACGGUCGAUGACGCCCACAUCGACGCCAUCGCCCGCAUGGCCUCGCGGCUGGAGAAGACAGUGGGCGCCGAGGAGCUGGCCACGCUGCAGCGCAGGAGGCGGCGCCUACAGGAGAGGUGGAGCAAGUUUCAAGGCGACCUGGGGAGCUACAAGAGGAGACUGGAGGGGGCGCUGCUGCUCCACAAGCUGAUUCAGGAGCUGGAGGAAGUGCGAGAGCGAGCCAGUGGGAAGGCCGCGCUGCUGCGGCAGCUGGACCACGGUGCUGACGUGGAGAGCGUGGAGCAUCUGAUUCGACGGCAUGAAGAGACAGAGAGAGAAGUAGGCGUCAUCCAGGAGCGGUACCAGACUCUGGAGGCGGAGCUUCCUGCUCAUCUGACCGCCGGAUCAGUGCUGGGUGACAAACUGAAGAACAAAAACAAGGAGGUGCAGAUGACCCUGAAGACCCUGAACCAGGAGGUGGCGCUCAGGAAGGAGAAGCUGCAGGAGUCUCACCAGCUGCAGCUCUUCAAGGCCAACCAGCGCCUCCUGCUGGACUGGAGCCUCAGGCAGUUCUCUGAGAUGGCGGACAAAGGUCUACCCAGAUCCAGAGCCGAGUCAGAGCGCCUUCUGGUGGAGCACCAGGAGUGGAAGACGGAGAUGGACACCCGGGGAGAACGUGUGGACUCGGUCCGGGACUUGGGCCUGAGGCUCAUCACAUCUGGUCACUCUUCAAAAGCCGACAUCCAAGAGGCUCUGGAGCAGCUGGAGGAAGCUGGUGCCAGACUGGGCCAGGCCUGGCGGGAGCGGCAGCGGAGCCUGCAGCAGGCCCACAGCCUGCAGCUCUUCCUCUGCUCCCUGGAGCGAAGUGAGCGCUGGCUGAGCAGCCGAGAGGCCUCGCUGGCCGAGCCAGACCUCGGGGUGUCGGUGGAGGAGGUGGAGACUCUUCAGAGGACGCAGGCCCAGUUCCAGGAGGCGCUGGAGGCCGAGGUGGGCCAGGUGCAGCAGGUGCUGGAUCAGGCCCACAGCUUGAUCCAGCACCACCACUAUGACUCCGACAACAUCCGAGCCAAGAGUGAGGCGCUCAGCGCCAGACGCAACCAUCUGCUGCAGCUGAGCCGCUCUCGUCAUGAAGCCCUCACGCAGUCGCUCACGCUUCACAAGUUCCUGUCGGCCAGCUAUCAGGUGUGUGUGUGGCUGAACGAGCGUAACGCGGUGGCGCUGGACAAGAACUGGAGAGAACCGACCAACCUACAGUCCAAACUCCUCAAACAUCAAACCUUUGAAGCUGAAAUACUGGCAAACCGCUACAGAGUGGACCAUGUGACCAAGGAGGCAGAGCAGCUGGAGCUGGGCCAGGGGUCGGCCGACUCAAAGGUCCGGAUGCGGCUGCAGGAGCUGUCAGACGGCUGGAAGGUGCUAGUCCAGAACUGCAAGGAGAAGAGGAGCAGACUGCAGGAGGCGCACCAGGCGCUGCAGUUCCUGCGCUCUCUGGAUGACGUGGACGACUGGCUCCUGUCGGUGGAGAAGCAGCUGACCACUGAGGACUGCGGAAGUGACCUGCAGUCUGCCAACCGGCUACUGAAGUCCCACCAGGGACUAGAGCAGGAGGUGGACGGGCAACGGGAGCGGAUCCAGAGCCUGGUGGAGUCGUCCCAGCAAUUCCAGACCGAGGCUAACUUCCGGGCUGAGGAGAUCCAGCUCAGAGUGGGCAACACCAUCAACAGGUACAGCCGUCUGUCUGCGCCGCUGCAGCGCCACCGCCAGGCGCUGGAGGCCUGGCAGCUGCUCUUCCAGUUCUCCAGAGACCUGGAGGAGGAGCUGGCGUGGAUCAGGGAACGACUGCCCGCCAUCACGGCCAGAGAGCUGGGGAGUGACUUGGGCGCCACCCAGCAGCUGCUUCAGAAACACCAGGUGCUGACGCAGGAGAUCUGCGCUCGCGGCCAGCUGGUCCAGGUGGUGCAGGAGGCGGGUCGCAGUCUGGUGAGAGGUCGCCACUUCGCGUCGCACGACAUCCAGGAGCGCCUGGAUGAGCUGAGGCGUCUCCAUGACGCGCUUGAGGCGGAGGCGCAGCAGAAGGGCAGGGCCCUGCAGGGGGCGCUCAGCAUCCACGCCUUCCUGGCCGAGGUGUCGGAACUGGACCGCUGGCUGGCUGAGCAGCGCCCCUUGGUGGAGACGCGGGACUCGGGCCGCAGCCAGGAGGCGCUGGAGAGUCUGCUGAGACAACUGGAUGCUUUGGAUGUGGAACUGGAGAAUCAGAGGAGAACUUUGGUUCGGCUGGAGGAGACCGGAGCGUCUCUUCAGAACCUGAGACAUCCCAGCAGUCACCUCGUAGCCGAGAGUCUCCCAGGCGUCACCAAACACGUGGAAGCUCUGCGCCGCCUGUCAGGUGCCCGGCGGGCCGAGCUGGAGGACAAGCUCCGCCUCUUUGAGUUUGACCGACAAGCCAAAGAACUACAAUCAUGGCUGACGACCAAGAUGAGCGCGGUGCAGUCGGAGGACUGCGGCCAGGACCUGGAGGAUGUGGAGAUUCUCCUGAAGAAGUUAGAGGUUCUGGUGUCGGAGGUGGGUGCAGUGGGGCGCAGCCGACUCACUCGGGUUCAGCAGCUGGGUCACGGUCUGCUGCAGGACACUCAGGCUCGCAGAGCUGAUGAGGCACUGGCUCAGCUUUGGAACCAGCUCCACAGCGCCAUCAGAAGCAGGGAGGAGAAACUUCAGUCAGCGAAGCAGCUCCAGCAGUUCCACCAUGACGUGGUCGAGCUGAAGGGCUGGAUGUCUGAGAAGGACCUGAUUCUGGACUCCGAGGACCGGGACCUGCAGUCGGUCCAGACUCUGCUGCAGCAACACCAGACGGUGGAGAGAGACCUGGAGCUGAUCUCACAGGAGGUGACCAAGGUCCGAGAGGCGGGUCGGACCCUGACCAGCACACAACCCCAGACCACACCUGCUGUUGCAGAGAGGCUGGAGGAGCUGGAGGGCCACUGGACCAAGAUUCAGGACAAGACUGGCCGACGACGAGACUGGCUGGACCAGGCCCAGCUCGUCCAGAGAUACUUCUCACACUGGACUGAACUCAUGGCCAGGCUGCGGGAGAUCCUGACGCUGGCCCGCGGGGAGCUCCACAGCAGCCAGGAUUCGGACCUGGAGCAUCUCCUCAAGAAACAUGAGGAGCUGAGAGCUCAGUUCGACCGACAGCUGCUCAGGUCUCGUUCCCUCAAGGAGGACGGAAAGCGACUGAUCCGAGACAGAAGCUUCUGGUCCCGGGAGGUGGAACAGCGGCUCCAGGAGCUGCAGGAGCUGGAGCAACUGGUGGAGGAGGUCUGGGAGGAGACGCGGGUGAGGUACGAGGAGGAGCUGGAGCUCUUCGUCCUGCGCAGGGAGCUGGAGCAGGCCGAGCGCUGGCUCAGCACCUACGAGGGCGCGCUGACUGCCCCCCACUAUGGGGACUCGGUGUCGGCCGUCCUGGAGCUGCUGAAGCGGCAGGAGGACGUGGAGGCCGUGAUCGAGGCUCAGAGUGAGCGCUUCCUGGCCCUGCAGGAGAAACGAACGCAGAGAGAGAGGCGCCUUGGUCUUCUGGCUCCUGAGGACACCCCAGACAGACGUCCUCCAGCCCGCGUGUCUUCCCUCCGGAAGUCAAGAGAUCUGAAGGCUCCUCAGACCUUGGGCUACGCUGGGGACGGGAGCCUGUCCACCAUCACAGACGCCAGUUCCAUGACCAGGUUUCCUCCAGAACCUGAGCGAUCCACAACUGUGGUUGCUGGCAGCACGAGACCUCCUGCGUCUCCACCAUCCAGAGUCACUCCAGAGCAGAUCCUGGGACGUCUGAGCAAACCAGUCACCCCGAGGCUGGUGGCACCUGUUGAAGCGGCUCCACCUGAGCCAAAGAUGUUGGCCUCUGAGCGUCGCUCGCCGCCCCCUCAACCCUCGGUCGCCCGUCUCCCCUCUGCUCCUCCCACUCCUUCUCCUGCUCCUUCUUCUUCUCCUCCUUCUUCUUCUCCUCCGCCCUCUCCCUCCCCUCCUUCCACUCGGUCCCAUCAUCCAGAGGUGCAGACCGGUGAGCAGUUGUUCCAGCUGGACUCUGCUCGGAUGGUGACAGGUUCUGUUCUAGAGGAGAGGCUUUAUGGACCUGCUUUGGCAACACCUCCAUCGCCUCCACUCGAGGCGCACAAGCUGGAGCUGGUACCAGGUCCAGUGUUGGGGCCCGGCGACGUCACCACAGAGGGGAGACCUCGGAUGGAGGGUCCUCUGGAGAUCAAGCUGAAGAAGAGCAGCAGCACGGUAGAUGCUGAAGUGUCCCGGCUGAGCGGGUCAUGUGACUCACAGGGUCUGGACCGCUGGGAGGAGGUGUUUGCCGUCCUGGACAAACAGACUCUGAGUCUCUACUCGGACAGAAGUGCGGCUGCGCAGAAAACCUGCCGGUGGCCCCCCGUCAGUGUGGGCGGGGCCGUCUGCCGAGAGAGCGUCUACUACCGGAGGCGGGAAAACACCUUCAGGCUCAUACUGCAGGACGGGAGUCAGUAUCUGUUCGCAGCCUCCAGCGCCGAGCUGCAGAAGCUGUGGGUGAGAAAACUCCAGCGCUGCCAAGAGACGUCGAGCAGCGACUCCGAGGACUCAAGACGGCAGUCGUCACCUCACCUGAGCCUGGAGAAGCUGAGGAGCGAGGGGUCCACGGGGGCCUCCCACCACCGAAGCCCCCCCACACUUACCACAACAUGCAGCGGCAGCGCGGUGCGUCCAGCCGACACGGCCUGCCACCCUCAGUGGCUCCGCCCCCUCCCUCCUGAGGAGGCACUUGAAGAGGAACGUCCAGGCGGAACGUCUUCCCAAAGCUUUUCACCAAGAAAUAACCCGAGGCGCUGAAACACCGACUCGGUCGCCGUCCAACGACUUUCCAUCAACACAAGCCGCUGCUGCUGUGCCACAGUCAACAUUUUGAGGAGUCGAGGGAGCCAGACGCCCGCCUCAGAGGAGGGGGCGUCCAUGGCCUCUGGAGUCUCAGCAGCCUGCUUUGUUUUGUGUGUCCAAGUGUGAAGGUGAA